AUGGUGGUGAUGACGCGGUUCAAGGGCUCGUUUGUGGACGUGCUGCUGGUGCCCAUCAACCCGCCCCCCUCCGUGGCUCGCGACAUCUCCCGCGCCUUCAAGGCCCUCGCCAGCUGCCCCCAAACCUCCCUCAAGGUCUCCCUCCGGCGCCCCCGGCGAGCACAGAGCAGGGGGCGACGGAUGCCUGCUGAUGCUCAGCAGCAGCAACGGCGACAGCAGGUGCUGCAGUCUCCAGUUUCAAGCACCGCUUCUCAAACGGCGUUCUCUGCAACUGCAACCACUCCACCUCCUCUUCCUGCUGCUGCUUCAGCUGCUGUUGGAAGUGCGUCACCGGCGUUGCUACCAGCAGGAGGGGCAGCAGCAGGAGGAGCGGGCAGCUGGAAGGAGGGUCUGCGAGACCUGGUCAGGGAUCAGGACGGCAGGGAUAGUGCUGGAGACGAGGAGGAGAGCGAUGAAGACGAUAUCGAUGGAGAUGCGAAGAUGUACGGGUAUCCCAGCAGUCAGUCUUGGAAUGGUGGCAUCAGCGGCAACAGCACAAACAGCAGCAGCAGUGUCAGAAGCAGGAGGCAUGCGGCCACCACAGUUCCCCCACCAGAGGGCAUUCGUGUGACGGACAGGCCGCGGCACGCGAUGGCGAAGCACCGGCAGGCGGUGCUGGCGCUGGCGGUGGAUGGUAAGCGCGUGUUUGCGGGGUCGCAGGACGGGCUGAUCACGCUGUACGAGCUGCGGGACUUCCGGUGCGUGUGCACGCUGGCGGGGCACAGCCAGACCAUCUUCUCCCUCUCCGUACACCACGACCGCCUCUACAGCUCCUCCACCCGCGUCGUCAAGAUCUGGGACACCAAGACCUUCCGCCUCCUCUCCACUCUCAGUUCCUCUCAGCUAAACAACUCUCAGCUAACAGCCAGUGGAAACAGCAUCACUACCCCUGAAAAUUCAGCAGCUGCAGGAAAAAGAGUGUUAGCACCGGCAGCAGCAGCAGCAGCAGCAGCAGCAGCAGCAGCAGCAGCAGCAGGGGCAGCACUAGGUGGGACCAUAUGGGAACCACUGUCUUUGGAAGAAACCCUUUGGGCCCAGGCUUCAGCCGUUGACACUGCUUCUGCUGCUGCUCGUCCUGUUGCCGUACCUCAGGUUCAAGCCCAAACCCAAGGCCCCGGCUCGGUACUAGGCAGUGGUGCUUCAGCAGUGGGGUCUGGUGGGCAUGUGGUUCGGGUUGGGUUCGGCGAUUCGAGCCAAUCGCUCUCACCCAAAGCUCACCUGUACAGCCACCUGGAAGAGGGUAGGUCUGGUGUGGCAGCAGGUUCGUUCCAUCGCUCGGCAGGCAGGUUAGGAAGCUCGUUUGUGGCAGUGGUAAGCGAAGGGGAGCAGGAGGAGACGGAGGAGGUGACAGGUCAGAUGAAUGGUCAGGUGUAUGGUAGUGGUUACAUGAAUGUUCAUGUAAAUAGUCAGGUGAAUGGUGAGACGAAUGGCUACAUGAAAGAUAACGCGAAUGGUCAUGUGAAUAAUCAGAUGAAUGGUUACAUGAACGGCCAGGAGAAUGGUCAGGCAGAUGGUUUAAUGAACGGCCAGAAAAAUGGUUACAUGAACGGUCAGGUGAACGUCCAGGUGAACGGUCAGGUGAGUGGUCAAAUGAAUGGUUACAUGAAUGGGCAGGUGAGUGGUCAGGUGAAUGGUCAGAUCAAUGGGCAGAUGAGCAGCGCAGCACCGGAGGCACAGCACACUGGAGGAGGAGCAGGGGGGGCAGUGGUGGGAGGGACAGGAGGGGCCGAAAGGACAGGAAGGGGGGCAGGGCCAGAAGGGGCAGGCGAGGGGAGAGGUGUUGGCACGGUGUGCAAGAGCACGGAGGCAGCGCUGGUGCUGACGGAUUCGAACAAGAAUGGCCACUGCAGCUGCGUCUAUGCUCUCGCUGUAGCAGACCCCCUCAUCUGUAGCGGCACGGGUGACACCUUUGUCAAGGUAUGGUCGCUGGUGACGGGCGAGUGGGUGGCAACGCUGCACGGCCACAAGGGGGGCGUCAUGGCGCUCGCCACAGCUGAUGCAGCGGCUCAUUCCUCCCACCACUCCUCCUCUGACUGCUCCAACUCGCACCUUGCACCGCCUCCCGGAACGUCCGAGCCAUUGUGGCGCCUAUUCAGCGGCUCAAGGGACAACACGAUCAGGGUGUGGGACCUCUCAUUGCUGCUUUGCAUCACCACCCUCACCGGCCACACCGACGACGUUGUGGGACUCGCCACUGUUGUGGGGCUCGCCACCGGGUUUUACGACGAUGUGAAGCCAUUGGACGAGGAGGAGGAGGCGUUGUACCAGGGGCUGCACUUUCGAGUAGAGGAAUACAAGGUGGGUGGGUGUGGUCGGCUCUUUGACUCGAGGUGCAAGGCGCGCAACGGUCUGGCAACGGUGACGGGGGGCACAGCAAGGGAGGUGCUGCAGAGCUGCUGGCGCAGCCCAUCGCUGAGCGUGCUGGGCGUCUCCACCUCGCCCUCCUGCGCGCCCUCCUGGUCCUCCCUCCCCAAAGCUGCCUCCGCCAGGGUGGUGAUCCGGCAUGUGCCCAACCAGAAUCCCGACCGCCUGGUGCAUCGCUUCCGGGCGCACGUGGCUCAUGAGUUUGCCAAGCUGCGAUCCGCGGGGAACCAAGUGGCCGUUGCUGUGGAGCACGUGGGCGACUGGUGGUUGGCGGAUCCCUCCUGCUCCUUCUACCAGCUAGCGGAGAAGGUCAUUCAGCAGCACUGGAACCUGCCACCCAUGUAG